AUGUUUGCCUUUGCCACCGCCGCGGCACUCAUCUCCCUGAUGGGCAUUGCCUUUGCGCAGCAAGACACCUUCGACUGCCCCUCCGACCUCAGCAGCGGCCAGUACGACUCCUACACGUACUUUGAGGUCUCUGGCCGGUGCUCUGAUGCAGGCGUCGCGGAUUAUUGCUGCGUCACCUUCAUGCGACCAUCCUCACCCUUCCCCUGCCUUCCCGCGCCCGUCCCCUUCACGGCUAAUGCACGCGACACGCUCGCUGCCGUGGUGGACGAACAAAUAAAGAAGGACGGUCAGGACGAGACUUCCGAGAUCAGCCAUUUCAAGGCAAGCUUCCCAAAGGGCGUUUCUGCGAUGCACAAUCGCAACGUUGGCGCUGUCUGGGGGGUGGCCCUGGACGAAUUCCGUGACAAGACCGGCAUCAAGGAUAGCUUUAUACCUUCCAGGGCGUACUUGACAGCAAGGAAGAGCGGCGACUGGGAGGACACCAUCAUGGUGGAUUUUCACUGUUGA